UUUUUUUUUCUUUUUUCUUUUUUCUCUCCGUCUACUCGCCGGUUCUACUUUUUGAUUUCUCUCCGUCUUCUCGCCGGUUCUACUGUAUCUUUUCCAUUCAUUGCUCCAUCGAAGCUGUGAUCUCUAAUUGUGAAAAGUGACCUUUGUUCUCUCUGGUUCGUUCUUGUUUUGGAUUUAAGCUCCCUUUGGUUCUUAUUAAGUGCUCAAGCAGGCUAUCUCUCUCUCUAUGGAUGCCAAAAGCUUUGACAAUCCCUUCCGGAGAGAUGCAAUCAGCUGGCUCCCUGACGAGGUUCUGGGCAAGAUCUUGUCAUUUCUUCCGACAAAACAGGCCGUUUCAACAUCUCUUCUUUCAACAAGGUGGAGGUAUAUCUUUCGACUGGUGGAUAAUCUCGAGUUUGAUGAUUCUUUCUCCCUGCUAGCCCAAGAGGCUCAACAACCAAGGAAUGCGAAUCGGGAGGCCUUCGAGAAAUUUCUGCGCGCCCAAGGGGUUGAUGAACAAACUAGUUAUGUGUUCACGGAGGGAUUCAAGAAUAUGGUUGAUCGAACAUUAGCUUUGCAAUGUGAUUAUCCGAUCAAGAAAUUCUCCAUAAAAUGUCAUGUUGGCAAGGAUGAUGAUGACUCCCGAAAGGCUUGUGUGGGCCGCUGGAUAUCUAAUGUUGUAGGACGCGGUGUUUCAGAACUGGACUUAAGGAUAAAAGAUGGGACUGAACACUUCCUGCCUCCUCUGCUCUUCGCAAGCAAAACACUGGUUAAGCUUACAAUAGGGACACAGCUCUACCUUGGAAAGCUUCCUUCAUAUGUCUCUCUUCCAUCUCUUAAGGUUCUCUUCAUCGAUUCGGUUUUCUUUGAAUAUGAAGAUCUGUGUUGUGUGUUUCUUGCUGGCUGCCCGGUGCUCGAGGAGCUAUUAGUCCAUCACAAGGACUUUACAGGAAUGCCUGAGACCAUCUCGAGUCCAACCGUCAAGCGACUAUCAGUUUACUACGAUUCUCCAAUUGAUGUUUAUGAUGAUACCUCUAUGUCAUUUGACCUACCGAAUCUUGUCUACCUUGAGUACUCAGAUUGUGCCUUGGCUGAGUAUAUGCAAGUUAAUUUGGACUCCCUAGUCGAAGCUAAGCUGGAUCUUUAUGAGGCAGGUAAUGUCAAGAGGCGGGAUGUGACGAAUCUUGUUACAGGGAUAAGAAAUGUUGAGAUCCUUCAUCUGUCUCCCGCUUCGGUUGAUGUGAUUUAUUCUUACUGUAGAGAUGGUCUUCCGGUGUUCAACAAUCUGGUUAAUUUAUCUUUUGGGUGUAAGAAUCAGCGAGGUUGGAACCUGCUGGCAGAUCUGCUUGAGCAAUCUCCAAAGCUUGAAACUCUAAUCAUCCAGGAUCUGACUGGCUACACACGCGAUGUCUCCAUGCCUCUGAACCAAGUGAAGGUGCUGCGUGUUCUGAAUUAUGGAGGAACUGAUGAAGAGUUGAAGCGGUUGAAGAAUUUUCUUGGGGGAAAAUGUAAUGCAGAAGUUGUGGAUGAAGGCAUAAGAUUGCAAACCAAUAGGAUCUUGGAGUUUCAGUUUCAGUAAGUGCCAGAUUAAAGUAGCAUAUUUCAAGUGUGCGUGAAUGAAUGAAUGAAAUCAAGUGUAGCACAAAAAAAGAGAAAAAAAAAUUAGAGAUUGAACUAAACGAAGUGGAUUCUGAUUAACAAAAAGAGCUUUCUCUGGUCUUCUGUUCCUCUGUUUUCAAAACUGUGCGUUUGCUUUAUGUAUCAGAGUAAAUAAGCUGAUGUAAAUGAGCUAGUCAACAUUUCAAACAUCAAUAAUAUACUUCCAAUUUUAUUGUAUGCA